AUGAAAUUAGUGAAUGCUACUGAUGAGUACGCUUCUGAUUUGGGGCUUCCAGCAAUCUCGCGCACGAUUUUCGCUCCCAUAGUUGAUGGAGAACUGUUGAGAAGAGAACCUACUCUUCUUUUACAUGAUAAAAGUUCUUCAGAAUUCACUUUCUUCCAGUCACUGGAUGUAAUGAUAGGUAACUGUGAGAACGAAGCUUCUUUAAUAGUUUGUGCAUUCCCAUUCCUACAAGAUGAGCUUACCUUCAAUAUAAGCAUUGGUGUUCCAACGGUGGAAAUGUGUAAGGUAUUUCUACCCAAUUUAUUAAACGAAAAGAUGAAAUCUAAUGUCCGAGUCUUCAAGGACGUGUGUGACAUGUACACCGUAAAGGAGAAUGAUGUAGCAGAGCAAGGGCGCCAAUUUUUAAGCCUCAUUAGUGACUAUCUCUUUCUUAGACCAUCCACUUCAAUGCUGCUUGAACACUCCAACAAUGUCCAGGCAUCUUCUACUUAUCAAUAUGUAUUUUUUGAUGAACUCUCAUUCAUGCUUCCAAAUGCUCCUUUGUGGUAUCGUGGCUCUGCUCACGCCACGGAAUUAGUUUACUUGUUCUUCUAUGAACAGUUAGUGUCACAUGUUAAGUAUCCUGAAGGUGCCGAAAUAUUGGUGAAUCAAAUGAGGUCAUAUUGGACGAAUUUUGCCAAAACAGGAAACCCAAAUGGUCCUGGACUUCCAGUAUGGUUGCCUUUUGAUCGUAAUUCCAGUCAUCCUUACAUGAGCCUGAGGUCACUAAAUACUGAGAUGGGGCAAGACUACAGAAAAGAGUACAUGGAGUUCUGGCUUCAUAAGAUCCAUAGAAUGUUGUUCGAGGCUGACUGUGAUCAAAAUAGCUAUGCUUUACCUGUUGUAGGAUAG